AUGGAUCGUCAAUCUGUAUUUUCUCUGAGUGUUUUACCACCUGAGUAUGGCGACAAUGAAGAUACUCGGGGUCAAGUACAAGCACAAUUAGAACAAUUUAUUCUUCAAUUUCGCAUUGAUAAUGCCUUCAUCUACAGAGAUCAGAUCCGCGAAAACGUUCUGUUAAAACAAUACUUUUGUGACGUUGAUGUUGGGCACUUGAUAUCUUUCAAUGAAGAACUUGCACACCGACUUGCGACAGAACCUGCAGAGAUUAUACCAUUGUUCGAAAGUGCAUUAAAAAAAUGUACUCACCGAAUCGUAUAUCCUUCGGACAGAGAUAUUGUCCUUCCCGAACAUCAACUCCUCCUUCACUCCACGGCCUCGGAGAUUUCCAUUCGAGAUCUAGACGCCCUUGCCAUAUCCCGACUUGUGCGAGUACCUGGUAUCGUCAUUGGAGCCUCAGUUCUAUCCUCAAAAGCAACAGCACUAAAUAUACAAUGUCGAAAUUGUCGCUCUACAAAAGUGUUGCCAGUAUCUGGUGGAUUUUCUGGUGUUUCACUACCCAGAAUAUGCGAUAGACAAAAGAUGCCUGGAGAUCAACCUUGUCCCAUGGAUCCGUAUGUGGUUGUUCAUGAAGCUUCACAAUUCGUCGAUCAACAAAUUAUUAAGCUUCAAGAAGCUCCAGAUCAAGUCCCGGUGGGAGAACUGCCACGUCACGUUCUCAUUUCAACCGAUAGAUAUUUGACGAAUCGGGUGGUACCCGGUACAAGAUGUAUGAUCACCGGUAUCUUUUCUAUUUAUCAAAACAAAAACACAAAAGGCUCCUCGACAACCUCGGCCGUUGCCAUUCGAACUCCUUAUCUGAGAGCAGUUGGCAUCCAUAGCGAUGUCGAUCACACCGCAAAGGGCAACGCAGUAUUCUCUGAAGAGGAAGAACAGGAAUUCCUCGAAAUGUCACGCAGACCUGACCUCUACAGUGUUUUCGCUUCCUGCAUCGCUCCAUCUAUUUAUGGCAAUAACGAUAUUAAAAAAGCGAUAGCAUGUCUCCUGCUCGGUGGAUCCAAAAAGAUCCUUCCUGAUGGUAUGAAACUUCGUGGUGAUAUUAAUGUCCUUCUCCUCGGUGAUCCUGGAACUGCCAAAUCUCAACUUCUAAAAUUCGUCGAAAAAGUCGCUCCCAUUGCUAUUUAUACGUCUGGAAAAGGAUCUUCAGCCGCUGGUUUAACCGCCUCCGUUCAACGUGAUCACACAACCCGAGAAUUCUACCUCGAAGGUGGAGCUAUGGUUCUUGCGGACGGAGGUGUAGUAUGCAUCGACGAAUUCGAUAAAAUGCGUGACGAGGAUAGAGUGGCCAUCCACGAAGCUAUGGAACAACAAACUAUCUCGAUAGCUAAAGCUGGUAUCACAACAAUUCUCAAUGCAAGAACUUCUGUCCUUGCUGCAGCUAAUCCUAUCUUCGGACGUUAUGAUGAUCUUAAAUCGCCAGGCGAGAAUAUUGAUUUCCAAACCACCAUUCUGUCGCGUUUCGAUAUGAUUUUUAUAGUGAAGGAUGAGCAUGAGAGAGGCAAAGAUGAGAAGAUGGCGAGACAUGUUAUGAAUGUGCACAUGGGUGGUAGAGGAAGGGAAGAACAAGCCGAAUCGGAGAUUCCUGUUGAAAAGAUGAAGAGAUACGUCAGCUAUUGUAAAUCUCGUUGCGCACCCCGCCUCUCUCCAGAAGCUGCCGAAAAGCUUUCUUCUCACUUCGUUUCCAUCCGAAAACAAGUUCACGCCAACGAAAUGACAACCAACGAACGCUCCUCCAUCCCCAUCACCGUCCGUCAACUCGAAGCCAUCAUCCGCAUAACCGAAUCCCUAGCUAAAAUCUCCCUAUCCCCCAUCGCCCAAGAUCAACACGUCGACGAAGCAAUCCGAUUAUUCCUAGCAUCCACCAUGGAUGCCGUUCAACAGGGUGUCGCCCAACAAGGAAGUCGAGAACUACAAGACGAAGUCGCGAGACUAGAGGAAGAACUGAAGAAAAGAUUGCCAGUGGGUUGGAGCACGAGUUUGGCAACGCUGAAGAGGGAAAUGUGUGAGGGGAGGGGCUUUAGCGAAAUGAGUUUGGAGAGGGCGCUGGUGGUGUUGCAGAGGAGAGAUACGAUUGCUAUUAGGGGGCAGGGUAGUCAGGUUUAUAGGAGCGGUGCUUAG